GACUCUCUCACCCGAUCUUCUCAUUCAAACAACAAACGCAGCAGCUACUCCCCUCUCUCUCAAACAUCACCUUCGUCGCCAUCGCCUCCGGCCUUCACCCACCGCCGAUCACUUCACCGGCGAGCAUUCCCCUCUCUUCCCUCUUCUUCUUCUUCUCCUCUUCUUCUCCUUCCCCUUCGAGCUCAUCAUCCUCUCCUCACGCUUCUGUUUUUCUUCUUCUUCCUCAACCACCACCUUCGCCAGCCACCACCAUCGCCGAACCAUCCUCCUCCUCCUCCUCCUCCUCCUCCUCCUUCUUCUUCUUCUUCUUCGAACCAGCACCACACCGAGCUCUCUCUCUCUCUCUCUCCCUCUCUCCUUCCCUCUUUCUUCCCCUCCUUCCCUGUUCGCCGCCGGCCACCCAGCGCCGUCGCGGCUUCCUUCUUCUUUUUCUUCCUCCCACUCUGCCAUGUCCCGUCUCAAACUUUCUGAAACAGAACACGCUUAACAGCCCCUAUUUCCCCGUUUCCGGCGAGCUUCCCAACUUCCGGGCAACCAACGUCCGCCGUCUCUAGCUUUGGCAACAACACAGUGCCAUUGCAAUCCUCCCCCAUUCUCUGUUCCCUCUGUUUUUGGAUCAUCAUUCAAGGCUGCUGCUCUCAACGACCAUCGUGCCAUGACGGAGAAGGUGGCGCCUCCACCGUCGAAGCCGCUAACACCUCAGGAAUGGGAAGCCCUAAUCGAGGACUUCCAAUUCAGUGGCGGAGAAAGAAGGCAGAACAAGUGGAGCUCUCUCCCUUCGCUCUUCGAUCUCCUCCUCAACUCGGUCCUCCGCAAGGACUUCCCUCUCUCCGUCAAGUUCCAGCUCCUUGUAUUCCUCGACGAGUUCUCCGAUUCAUUCUUUACUCCUGACGACGACCACGCACACCAACUCGACCAUGUAAUUGACGCGCUCCGCACCGUUGUCCAAUCCCAGAUCGACGGCGUUUACAUAACCACCUUGUUCAGAGAACAGUUCAUGAUCUCUGUUACCUCGAUCGUUGUUUGCGUCACUGAGAAGAAGCUUCAAUUACACGUUCAACAAAUUGUAAGUUUGGUUGAGCUGUUGUUAACGGUCAUCAACCGGCCGAAUUUCGGGUCGGAUCGUCAAACCCGAUCCAUCGCAUGCGAGUGCUUGCGCGAAUUGGAGCGUUCCAACCCGUGCCUUCUCUCCGACGUCGUUGGCCACUUGUGGAGCUUGUGCCAGAACGAACGAACACAUGCUUCGCAAGGUUAUAUCUUGUUAUUAACCAUGGCUAUUCAUAACAUCGUUGUUAAGCAAUUGCAUGUUUCUGUUGUGAAUUCUUCCAUUCCUAUGGUCCCAUUCAAUGCGCCACAAUGUGUGUUGAGUGAUUCCGGGGUGGCUUAUGGUGGUAAUUUGAACCUGAAGGAGUUGAGGAAGGCUUUGGCGUUUUUGCUUGAGUGGCCACAGAUUUUGACACCUUGUGGGAUGAUGGAGUUCAUGGCGAUGGUGAUUCCUGUGGCUGCCGCAUUGGAAAUGCAACCUUCAAUGCUGAAGGUGCAGUUUUUCGGGUUGAUUUAUUCCUAUAACCCUGUUCUGUGCCAUGUUAUUUUGAUGAUGUAUUUGCGUUUCUUGGAUGCUUUUGCUGGCCAAGAAUGGGAGCUUUCACAAAGGCUCUUGUUGAUUUCAAGAGAAUCACAGCAUUACUUGGUUUUUCGGCUGCUGGCUGUGCAGUGGUUUUUGGGUUUCAAUCAGCUUAUUUUUAGUAGAAGUUGUCAGAAGACUAAGUCUAUGAUCAAGGCUUGCUCAAGUUUUUACCCUGCUUUAUUUGAUCCACUGGCUUUGAAGGCCUUGAAGCUCGACCUUCUUGUGUUUUGCUCGGUGUGUGUUGAGGUACUUAGAAUGAAAGAAGAUGGGGAUGCUGAGUUAGUUGAUUCAGUGAAGCUGCUUGAAGAUGGUCUCAUAUGUGUAUCAUCUUUCAAAUGGUUGCCUCCCAGUAGCACUGAAAUUGCCAUUGCGUUCCGUACUUUCCAUAAGUUUCUAAUUGGUGCAUCAACUCAUUCAAACAAUGAUCCUUCUACCACAAGAAAUCUGUUGGAGUCUAUGAUAUUUCAUACCAUAGAGGGGAUGCUUGUGAACAUGAUGUUGGAGAGUCGGAGAGUGGUUCCUGUUGUUGUGGCAUUUGUUGACCGUUUACUCUUUUGUAAGAAACAUUCUUGGUUGGCUGAGCGCUUACUUCAGAAAUUUGAUGAGCACUUGCUUCCAAAAGUGAAAAUGGAUUAUAAGUUGGUUUACUGCUUCCCUAUAUUUGAUAGAAUUGCUGAAAAUCAAACAAUACCUCCAUGUGGAUUGUUAGAUCUUCUCGCAAACUUCAUCAUUUUCCUUGUGGAGAGACAUGGCCCAAAUACUGGGUUAAAAUCUUGGUCACAGGGAAGCAGAGUUCUUGGAAUUUGUCGAACUAUGAUGAUGCACCACCAUAGUUCUAGAUUGUUCCUUAGACUAUCUCAUCUGCUUGCUUUUACUUGCCUCCAUUUUCCUGAUUUGGAAGUUCGUGAUAGUUCAAGGAUCUAUUUGCGUAUGCUAGUCUGCAUUCCCGGGAAGAAGCUCAGAGACAUCCUGACCCUUGGGAACACGAUCCAUGGGAUUUCACCAUCUUCACACCCAUCCUCGUUUUUCAACGUUCAGUCUCCUCGAUCUACUCAGAAACUCAAGACAAUUAAAAACUUAUCCACAUGCAUUCAUCUUGAUCGUGUCACCCCGUUGCUUGUUAAACAAUUUUGGUCUCUAUCAUUAUCAAAUUUAGUUGUAAAUAACAGCAAACCUGUGUAUCUUGAGAGCAUCACGGACCUUGAAACCCCUGUUGAGGACAAGGAAUGUUCCGAGAACUCCAGUACAGAGAUCACUCAUGAAACCAGAAAACUGGAUCAACCACAAGCGCCGCUCCGUGUGAUGGAUUCUAAAGUUGCAGAAAUUUUGAAUAUAUUAAGGAAGCAAUUUUCCUCUAUACCUGACUUCAGAUAUAUGCCAGGACUCAAAGUUAGAAUAUCAUGUAGAUUAAGAUUCGCGUCUAAUACUUUCAAUCGCUUAUUGGGAAUUGAUAGCACCACCACAUCCUUGGAUGAUAUGGAUGCACUUCCUGCUAUAUAUGCUACUGUGCUGAAUUUCUCCUCUUCUGCACCGUAUGGACCAAUUCCAUCAUGCCACAUACCAUUCCUUCUUGGUGAACCUCACAGCAAUGAUGAUUCAUCUCAAAAUGCAUCGUUAAGUAUUGUUCCUGUUGGGAGUGAUUUCAGAGAAGAAAAAUAUAGAACUACAGUUAUCAUCGAAUUGGAGCCUAGGGAACCAACACCAGGUAUCGUUGAUGUUCACAUUGAAACGAAUGCAGAAAAUGGUCAAAUCAUCCAAGGUCCACUUCAGGGAAUCACAGUAGGCAUAGAAGAUAUGUUUCUAAAGGCUAUUGUCCCAUCCGACAUCCCAGAAGCCGUGAUACCUCGAUACAACUUUGACUUGUUCACUGCUUUGUGGGAGGCAUGUGGCUCAUCCUCCAACACUGGCAGGGAAACUUUUCAAUUAAAAGGCCGCAAUGGGAUUGCUGCCAUCAGUGGAACUCAAUCUGUCAAGCUUCUCGAUGUUCCUGCAACCUCCUUGAUCCGUGCAACCGAGCACCAUCUGGCACCCUUUGUCAUAGGUGUGAGGGGGGAGCCACUGAUUGAAGCUCUAUGGGAAAGGAGAAUCAUCCAGGACAUCAUAUGGGAGGAUGAUUCCCGUGAUGCUACAUCAGUCGCUAAUCUUGAGGCAGGUCCACUUCGCCUUACUUACAAUGAUCAAGAGUAUGAGAAGGGAGUUACUAGCAAUGGCAGAAGAAGAUACUUGGGCUGUUUUCUUGUGCUGAUAUUUCUUCCACCAAGGUUCCAUCUUCUUUUCCAAAUGGAAGUUGGUGAUGUUUCAACUUUAGUUCGUAUCCGUACAGAUCACUGGCCUAGCUUAGCCUACAUCGAUGAUUAUUUAGAAGCUUUAUAUCUCUCAUAAAAGACGUCUCUCUGCCAAAGGGUCACACUUGCAUUUUGUUGAACCCCUUUCUGUAUUUUCGAUGUGGAGGAGGGUAAAUUUUUUUGUAUCCCAUAAUAAAUAGUGUACAUACCUCGAGUUAAGUCCUUUUUUGCAUGUUAUCAUGCUCAUGCAUUCACUUUGUUGUUAAUUCAAGGAGUAAACAACCAAAAUGUCCCUCAAUUAUUAAUUCUAUUACCUUCAAGCUGGCGUUUGGUAACCAAAAUGUUUAAACAUUUCCGAAAACACUAAGAGUAAAUUACUUCUUUGAUCAGUGGAAGCUUAAUUAAUUUUUGGUGUGAGGAAUGCUGCCAAGGAAUGAUCACGGCCAGAAUUUCCAUUCAUGAUUUCAUAGAGAUAGAGUUUCAACAUCAGCAAAAUCUUCAUGACCACAAGAGGCAGAAAGCAAAAGGAAACAGAGGAUAAAAAAGGAAACAAGAAACAAUGAAAUGAGGAUUCAGAAAGCAACAACACCAACACUUUGAUGUGUAUAAAUGGAUGAUAGAGACAGCCACAGUAUAGUUCUCAAUUUCCAAAUGCAAACGCCAAACCUUCGCUUCUUCCUUUCCCAAACACGACACUUUGUUCUUCAGAAUUGAAAGGAAAAAAUGGUAGCUGAUGGCAAGUCCAAACCUGUGAUCUCCUUCGCUGGAACCUUCACCAGCAGUGCUUUCUCUGCAUGCUUUGCUGAGGUGUGCACUAUUCCCUUGGACACUGCCCAAGUUAGGCUUCAGCUUCAAAAACAAGCUUUGGGUGCCAAUGCACUCACGACGCCUAAUUAUAAGGGUAUGAUGGGAACUGUUGCAACCAUUGCUAGGGAAGAAGGUCUUGCAGCACUCUGAAGGGCAUUGUGCCGGGGAUACAUCGUCAAUGCUUGUAUGGAGGUUUAAGAAUUGGGUUGUAUGAUCCUGUUAAGACUUUAUAUGUCGGAAAGGAUCAUGUCGGAGAUGUUCGAUUGCGCAAAAAAAUUCUUGUUGCGCUAACAACGCGGUGAUGUGGCAAUUGCAGUGGCGAAUCCAACAGAUAUUGUUGAAGUUAGACAUCAAGCAGAAGGAAAAUUGCCUCCUGGUGUGCCAAGGCGUUACUCGGGAUCUUUAAAUGCAUAUUCUACAAUUGUGAAACAGGAAGGAAUCGCAGCCCUUUGGACUGGUCUUGGCCCCAAUAUAGCCAGAAAUGCUAUUAUCAAUGCUGCUGAAUUGGCCAGCAAUGAUCAAGUGAAAUAGACUAUUUUGAAAUUGCCAGGCUUCUCUGACAAUGUUGUAACUCAUCUCCUUUCUGGUCUAGGGGGAGGGUGCUUUGCUGUUUGUAUUGGCUCUCCAGUUGAUGUGGUUAAGUCAAGAAUGAUGGGAGAUUCUAGUUACAAAAGCACCCUUGAUUGUUUCCUCAAGACAUUGAAGAACGAUAUAUGUUUCCUUUCUGAAGUUUCCAUUUUGCUCUUCUAUGAACAACUUAGCAUCUUUUUGUGGUGCUCACAAGCUCACAAGGAAAUACACUGUCAAAAGUUUGUUUUAUCAGAACUAAUUGAUAAUGGAAUUUGGAAUCUAAUGUUUUCUAGGGACCUUUUGCCUUUUAUAAAGUCUUCAUCCCAAAUUUUGGACGGCUAGGAUCUUGGAACGUAAUCAUGUUUCUAACCUUAGAACAG